GUCAGUUCAGUUGCCUAAUUGUUGUGUGUGAAAACCUCAAAAAGCUGUUUGUUAUAAAUAAGAGGAAACUGCCAGUCAGACUCAACAUGACUGCAGAAAUGAAACAGUUAAUCAAUGAUAAAUCAAAUAUAACUAAAACUUUUUCAUCUUCAUGUGUGGAUAAACAGCAAGUCAUUUACAUGGUCAAGAAAUUGAUUCUUGUGACUUUAAGACUCUACAUCAUCACCAACCACCAAUGAGGGAAAGCGCUGAGUCGCUUAGCAACAAAACCUAAACAAACAGCAACUAUGCUCCUUGAAAGCAUCUUAGAAAGUUAGACCAGGUGCUUAUUUGUAAGAUGCUAUGUUCUUCCUAAAAGGUCAAUCUAUUUAUCAUGUUCAUCUACUCUUGAUAUUUGUUUCUGGCCACUUUUUUCCCUUCAAUGGCUGAAAUAAUUAUAUUUGAGCCACUUGAGCUCUACAAUCUGCUCAACCAGUGCUGCCGAGUGUCGAGGCUGGCAGAGAUCAACUACCUCUGUUUGGUUGAUGCUCGUGAAACUCAGGAUUACACAACGAGUCACAUCAUAACAGCCAAAAAUGUCAAAGUGGAUUCAGAGGGCACAUUCCUCCUGCCAGAGGCUGUGGAGGUUGACAGUAUGCAGCAUGUGGUGGUUUAUGACAACAACACAAGCAAUUUACUGGAACAAGGCAGAGCAGCUGAAUGUGCUCAGGCUUUAGCUAAAGUGAGCCUCUCUCCAGUCCACGUGGUGAGAGGAGGCUUUCAGAGGUUCUCAGGUCUGUACCCUUUUUUAAGGACUGAGAAAAUCAUCUAUACCAUCACGGAGCUGGAAAACCUGAAGAGUUAUCCAGUGGAGAUCAUAGCAGGACUGCUGUACAUGGGUGACCAGAAACAAAGCAUGGACUCCAGCGUCCUCAAAGACCUGAAAAUCAGCGCUGUCAUCAGCAUCUCACAGAGGGACACUCUGGAACCUAAAUCCAUUCAGGGGAACCAGAGCGUCCUGCACAUCCCUGCGGCCGACUCAGUGGCGUCUGAUUUAUAUUCAAGUUUUGAGAGGAUUUGUAGUUUUAUUGGUACACACAUCAACAUGGGCUCUCGUGUCCUGAUCGUCUCCAGGCAGGGCAGAAGCCGCUGCAGUGCUGUCGUCAUUGCCUUUCUCAUGCACCACCUUAAAUACACACUAAAGGAUGCCUGGAGGUACGUGCUCAAAUGUAAACCUAACAUGAGGCCAAACACAGGUUUUCUGCAGCAGCUGUCUGACUGGGAGCUUCACAUUACGGGAUCAAAAGUGACCAAUAUCUCUGAACCUAAUUUUUAAUAAAUGAA